UCCUUUUGGAGUGGCUGAGCCGAAUACCAGAACACAGGAUAUGCUCUCAGUCUCGCAGCAGCAGCAGCAGCAGCAGCAGCAGCAGGAGGAGAGGCAGCUGCCGUCAGAACCACACACUCUGCAGUCAAGAUGAGCUCUGGGGAUGUGGUGUGCACGGGCUGGCUCAUCAAAUCUCCUCCAGAGAAGAAACUGAAGAGAUUUGCAUGGCGAAAACGUUGGUUUGUCCUCCGACGGGGCCGCAUGUGUGGAAACCCUGAUGUGCUGGAAUACUACCAGAACAAAAACUCCAAAAAACCCAUCAGGACCAUCGACCUGAAGGAGUGCGAGGUGGAGAUGCUCAACGGGCAGCUUCGCAUCAAACGGGACUUUCACGGGAAGCACCUCUUUGUGGUGAAAACAUCUUCUCGCAUCUUCUACCUCGUGGCCAAAACGGAGGAGGAGAUGAACAGCUGGAUCAAAAGCAUCAGUCAGAUUUGUCAUUUUGGGAGCCUGGAGGAGGCAGAGAGCACAGAAGAGGGCUCUUCUCUCACCCCCACCUCCAAUCAGCCGUCUGUGGACAGCUCUGACCGAGUCUCUGUAGCAAGCCAGUCAGACUCAGGUCAUCCACAGGACUACCUCUUCCUGUCUCAGUGUCAGACAGGGAGUGUGAGCACCAGUAGACGGGACAGUUUCUCCACUUCUGACAUCUCUCUGGAGCAGAGGUUAUCAGACGAAGCCACCAAGGACAUCCUCAUCGAGUCGUCCUUUUCCUCCAUCUCUCACACCAUUCCCAGUCCGUCUCUUUUCCCACAAGGAACAAUGACCCAUCCUCCCUUCAGCGCUCCCUGCACCUUCCCAGGCUUACCGUCCUCUUCCUCUUCUCCACUGCUUCGCUGCACUACCAGCGUCUUCCAGUUUGACAAACCUUACACACCUGCUGCGUUUGAGUCCAGUGGGGAUUUGCAAACUCCACCUCCUCUCCCACCCAAACCCAAUCACCUGCUCGAGCUGCUGAACGAUGGCAGAGUUCAAAGGUCGGUGACACCGACUGUGCAGAGCUUCCCAGUCAGUGCCCCGUUUUGUUCCAGAAGAACCUCGCUGUCCUGUCUGGACCACUUCAGGACAAGUAACACUGACAGCAGAUUUAUGAGGACCAGGAGACAAAGUAUUAAUUUGCCUUGUUCAAACACCAGACAAGUUCAAAGCUACCAGGAUGAGUCGUACGUCCCCAUGGCGUCUCCUUCCCCCUCUCUAACAUCUGUCGAAUGUGAUAGUUACAUCCCCAUGAGCCCCUUGACUGCCAGCUUCCUCGGUACCAACAGCUGUGCUGAGUCUUCCUCGUCUCUCAGCCCACUGGUGUGCCAACCUGAAGAUCUCACUCCACCUCCCAUCCACCGGCACCUGAAGCCUCGGUUACGGAGAGCUCGACCUCCACCACUGGACCUGAGGGGCCUUUCGACGAUCACCGAAUGUCCCACUCAUCUUCCUUUAAGCAGAGCGAUUAUUGAAUCAUGCCUCGCAGUGAACCUCUCACCUCUUGACAGACGACUCGAGAAUGGGGACAGUUCAAGAGAUGAAGCUAUAAACUGUUCUGCUUCGGAACGGAGGCCGCUGUCCUGUCUCAUCUUCGAUGGUCCAGCUCAACCCAGGACCAAAAGCUCAAACCUGGAUUAUUUGUCUCUGGAUUUCAACUCUGCAUCCCCCUCCCCAGUGCAGAAGAAGCCAUUUCUGUCUGAUGAGUACAAAGUGGACUAUGUGCAGGUGGAUGAGAAAAAGACUCAGGCCCUUCAAAACACCAAAAUGGAGUGGACAGAUGUUCGGCAGUCAAAAGCAUAAAUAAAUGCCAUGGGACUGACGCACGAUCAUGAACCUUUGGUUUCAAGAAGGUCGGUGAUGAGCACAAGCACCACGACGAUCAGAAACCACAAAGAGCACUUUGAAAGAAAACACUGAAAUCAAAGGACAACGGAGCAAUCGGGCGCUGAUUUAGGUUGAGAAAACAAGAUGUUGCACUGGUAACUGCACGAACCUUCUGCAGAACUGAGUUGUAAAUAUUAUCUGAUUAUGCCACAAUCACUGUGAUUUUCCUGUUCACUGUAGCCUAAGGUCUAAUCAGUUUUUAAAAAGAAAGCAAAAUGUGUAUAUGUAUGGAAAUGUAAUAUAAAAACUCUAAUUCUGA